CUGAUUUUACUCCCUUUCUCUCUAUUAAAGGCAUGGAUGUACAAUGUCUAUCCGUGGAUUGCUAAAGGUAUUUCAGCUACUCUUGGUGGAUGGAUAUCUAAUCGACUAAUACAACAAGGUACUAGUAUUACAACUACAAGGAAGUUAAUGGAAGGACUAUCACUAGCUGGAUCUUCUCUUUGUCUCUUUUCUCUAGCCAUUGCUUGUCAGAGUGGACCUUUAGCUGACUUCAAUGUCUGUCUGGGUCUUGUUGUAGCUGCCCUGUUCUUUCAAGGGUUUGAAAUAUCAGGAGUUACCAUCAAUUCAAUAGACCUAGCUCCUUCUUAUAGUGGACUCCUUUAUGGUCUUAUGAGUGGACUCUCUGCUCUUAUUGGUGUAUUUGGUGUGUCAUUAGUUGGUCAUUUAUUACACUCAUACAACAACUGGUCUUAUGUCUUCUUAAUGAUAUCUGCUGUCUCAUUCUCUGGCUGCAUCAUCUAUUCAUUAUUUGCCAGUGGGAAAAGACUACAGGCUUAUAAUAAUAUGCAUGAGCAAACUUAGCUUAUAUAAUUUUGUGUCUAUUGUAUUUAAUAUCAUUCAUUAGUUGUUGUGAUAACAAAAUCA